GACGGGGUAAAUGGAGGAGUUCUAAUUUCGGGGGCGAUGCAGUUUGUUUUAAGAUUUCAUGUCAUGUCCGUUGUCCAAUUUUGAUCUUAGUGCAGUCGGAAAUGCUCUCAACUCGUCAAAUGAGGUUGGCAUCGGAGGACUUUAGGGUUCAAGGUCUAAUUCAGAAGGCGUUGCUGCGUCGCUGCUUCGAAGCUUGACGGAGGAAUCUCACUUCAGUUCCUGGAUCUGGAUUUUGUCUAACAGUGGCGAGCACGUUUCGGACGCGAGCGGAGGUUUUCUGAGCAUAAUCAGGAGGUUCGCUUGUAGUUUAAUAUUUGGAUGAUAGUACUCGCGGUAUGUGGCGUUCACAGAACAAACGAAAAAAAUUAAAAAUUAAAACAAAAUUAGCUGUGUCGGUUGUUGUGCUUGCUCAGGGCGAUAGUACCUGCCGUGUGACUGUAGUUGCAAUCGAAUGUUGAGGAGUCUCUGGAGGCUCUGGAGAUGAGCGUCGGGUUUGGUUUUGGUUGCAUGCGAAGAGAGGCUUUGUUUUGUCUUCAGAAAACAUGGAUCGUUUGUGUCGGGGGAGGGGUUGACCAUUCAGUAACUGUCGGUGUGCUUCGAUGACACGCAAUCCGUGCUCAAAGUUCGGCUAUCGAUGGUGCAACGUUGUAGGCGAUACUUGUAUGUACCGACAUAUUUAGGACGUAAUGUGUACCUUGGAGGCGCGAUCACAGUGUUCUCAGUUUAAUUCAUUGUGUUAUUGAUCUGUGUAGAUGAAAGUCCGUUUGACUAUGUGAUUGUUUAUUCGUGCACAUCAUUUUCUAUAUGUGGAUUUACAAUUCCUCAAAAUCGGGGUUUGAAAUAGAGAUGGCUCGUGAUCAGUAGCGCUGUGAAUAGGAGCAUGUAAAGAGGUAAGAUUGAUAUCUUUUUUCCACGUUUGCGAACUUCUCAGGUUUGAACGUUUUCUUUCUUCAAUUCAGGGUUUAUAUCUUUAUUAAAACCGCAAUGAUUCAUCAAUCUUUUUGGAUGGCAUUUUCUUCAGCUUUGACUCGUGACAAUGUAGGUAAUUUAUGAUUGUGAAGUUUACCCUUUGGUCACGAAUUCAACAAGUUAGUUAUGAGUCGACUCUUUCUCUUUGUUGUUUGAAUUCUGUGUCCCUAAGGGAUGGUUUUUUUAUACAAAAGUUUUUGCUAAUUGUCCACUAUGAUUGGAUGUUAUACCUUUUUCUUUCAAAGGGAGGGCUUUCAAAGUUUGUGGAUACUCUAAUAUCCAUGUUAUUCGUGUUCCAAUGAUUGUAUGUUCAAAUUUGUUGCAUGAUUUUGUGGCGGAUGGCAGCAGGAAAUGUGCUCAUAUGGUCUCGGAAGCUUGGGGUUUCUUGGCACGAUACAGUGGCAUGAGAUUUAUCGCUGCCAAACUGUGGACAAUGAUGUUUGAAACAGUCUAUUCAUCACUGGUUGGCAAAUUCUAUGUACAGGGCUAAAAGGGCCAAACUAGGCUUAACAGCAGUGAUCGAGGUUCUUGAGCAGGAUCAGCGCAAGGCCUGGCUAAUAUUAUUGGUCUCAGUUCAAUUUUCGAUGGAGUGGCGUACAAGUGAUCCAGAAAGCAAGAAUCAUGGAUUUCCUACAAUUUCAUUUAGAUUUUCGAUGUUGGUUGAGUUAUGCUGAUUGAUUUGGGAAAGAGGGAGCUUAGCGUUGUAUACAGGGUUCAAACACCGUAAUAUGAAGAGGGGUGUGAGACCACCGGGUGUGGGAUGUACAGGGCGGCAAAGAAACAAUCUAAUCAUAGUGGCAAUCAUAUGUUUGGUUUUUAUAGCGAUAUUCAUCCCACCGUUUCUUGAAAUGAAUUCACUUCCCGAUAUUGAUUCCCCUGUGUAUAGGUUAGAAGGUAUUAACUUCGCUUCACAUAGACGUCGCUAUCAAGAACAGGAUUCACGUGUCAGUUACAGUGGCUAUGGACAGCCAGAUAUGCCAUCAACUGGUGAUGAAGACAUAACGAAGACACCGUCUAAAGCUUCACAGGUUUUGGAGAAGAAAGUAUCAAGCUAUUUGAAAAAAGUCACUCUGGAAACUUACAGUAAAGAGGAACGCCGUAGUCCAGGGAACACAACAGGUGACAUUGUUUCGCUGGAAGAUGUGAUAGAUCGCGCCUGGUCUGCCGGCGCCAAAGCUUGGGAAGAGCUGGAAAUUGCAUUCAGACAGGGAGAACAUUUUUCGAAGAAGGACAAUAAUGCCAAUGCAACUGCAGAUCCAUGCCCAGCAUCACUCUUUACAACAGGAAAGGAAUUGGACAAUUUAGGAAGGGUCUUCCCACUGCCUUGUGGUCUAAUGUUUGGAUCAGCCAUAACUCUCAUUGGAAAGCCACGGGAAGCUCACAUGGAGUACAAACCGCCAAUCGCCAGAGUUGGGGAAGGUGUCUCUCCAUACGUCAUGGUGUCCCAGUUCAUAAUGGAGUUACAGGGCUUGAAGGUGGUAAAAGGUGAAGAUCCUCCUAGAAUCCUCCACAUAAACCCUCGACUCCGUGGUGACUGGAGCUGGAAACCCAUCAUUGAGCAUAAUACAUGCUAUCGAAACCAGUGGGGCCCAGCUCAUCGGUGUGAAGGUUGGCAAGUACCUGAAUACGAAGAAACCGUGGACGGUCUUCCCAAGUGCGAGAAGUGGCUUCGAGGCGAUGACAAAAAACCUGCUUCGACCCAAAAAUCCUGGUGGCUUGGGCGAUUAGUUGGUCAUUCCGACAAGGAGACGCUUGAAUGGGAGUAUCCAUUGUCCGAAGGUCGGGAGUUUGUUCUCACCAUUCGAGCAGGUGUAGAAGGAUUUCACUUAACUAUUGAUGGUCGGCACAUCAGUUCGUUCCCUUAUCGUGCGGGUUAUGCUAUGGAAGAAGCAACAGGAAUAUCAGUGGCAGGAGACGUCGAUGUUCUUUCGAUGACAGUAACAUCAUUACCUUUAACACAUCCCAGCUACUACCCUGAGUUGGUUUUGGAUUCGGGUGAUAUCUGGAAGGCACCACCUUUACCAACAGGCAAGAUAGAGUUAUUUGUUGGAAUCAUGUCAAGCAGCAAUCACUUUGCAGAACGUAUGGCAGUAAGAAAGACGUGGUUUCAGUCUCUGGUUAUCCAAUCCUCCCAAGCGGUGGCUCGCUUCUUUGUAGCUCUGCAUGCAAACAAGGAUAUCAAUCUGCAGCUGAAGAAAGAGGCUGACUAUUACGGCGAUAUGAUAAUUUUACCUUUCAUCGACAGAUAUGAUAUAGUGGUUCUUAAGACCGUUGAAAUUUUCAAGUUUGGGGUCCAGAAUGUUACAGUUAGCCACGUCAUGAAAUGUGACGAUGACACAUUUGUAAGGAUUGACAGCGUUCUUGAAGAGAUUCGAACGACGUCAGUAGGACAGGGCCUUUACAUGGGCAGCAUGAAUGAGUUUCAUAGACCCCUUCGUUCUGGGAAGUGGGCCGUGACAGUUGAGGAGUGGCCUGAGCGCAUUUACCCAACAUACGCAAAUGGUCCAGGAUACAUCCUUUCGGAAGAUAUUGUGCAUUUUAUAGUGGAGGAGAGCAAAAGAAAUAAUUUGAGGUUAUUUAAGAUGGAGGACGUCAGCGUAGGUAUAUGGGUACGCGAGUAUGCAAAGAUGAAGUACGUGCAAUACGAGCAUAGCGUACGGUUUGCUCAAGCCGGUUGUAUACCUAACUACCUGACAGCGCACUAUCAAUCGCCGCGUCAAAUGCUGUGUCUGUGGGACAAGGUGCUUGCUACCAAUGACGGCAAGUGCUGCACCUUGUGAGGAAUCUGCACAAGCAAUAUGAGUGUGUACAACGUUCUUUUCUAGGUGUAUUAUUUUAGGACUAUAGUCAAAUUCAACUGUAAGCUCUUAUUAGUCCUAUCAAUCUAGUGGGAUUACUUCUAAUGGUAUAUUUAUCCUUGAUCCCUCUGAAGAUGUGGAGGUUUUGCAAUUUAAUCAGAGAAUCCUACUAGCUAGAGUCACUAGUCAAUUUUACCUUAGUAUAGAUCAAAAUUGGCCAAAGUUGUUGAGAAAAGUCUAUCUGAAAAGACGAGGAGCUCUCAACUAUUCUAUCUUGAAGAAACUCGUAUUCUGUGAGUGGUGAGAACAAGAUGGUGCAAGUUGGGUGACGACGAUGGCAUUGUUCACUCUUCAACAGACAUGGCCAUCCAUAAUCGUCAGUAGCAGUGUUUCCGACACUCUCUAGCGGGGUGCGUUUUUCCUUGUCUCUUUAUUCGACUCGCUUGCUUUUGGACCGGACCUCGGCUUCGAUUAUCAGGCUGUAAACCCAAGAAUUCAGUUGAGGCAGUGCGCCUGCCUUUUGUAACAAAGAUGUGCAUAUAGUGCUUUGUGACAGUUUUAGUUAAGAGGCAUGGUUAGGGCGAAGUAAUCAGAGCCUGGAAUAGGUCAGUACAACUCCAUGUCAGCCUCUUAACAUCAAUUUUUUUCGUUGGCACUCCUAACAGGGUAAGCACAACUUGAAUA